AUGCCCCACACCACAGCCAUCAGCCAACAACCGGCGGAAUCAGUCAGGCAGCCAGCCAGCCAGCCACCCACCCAGCCAGCCAGCGCGGCGGCCGGCGGAAUCAGCCAGCCAACUCCAACAACCGGCGGAAUCAGCCAGCCAGCCAGCCAGCCAGCGCGGCGGCCGGCGGAAUCAGCCAGUGAUGCCCCAAACCACCUGUCGGAGUCGGCGGCCGGCGGAAUCAGCCACGUCCCCAUCCGGCGGCCGGCGGAAUCAGCCAAAACUACCGGCCGGCGGACGGCGGAAUCAGCCAGAAACCUGUCCGGCGGCCGGAAGAUCACGGGCUUCUCUUCGGGCCAAGCCUCGGGUCAGGAGAUGGGCAAGUUCGUGGCCGAGAAUUUCAAAUCAGCCAUGAAGAAAUCCUUGGAACAAGCCUUACGCGGUCAGGAAGUGUCCCGCUUUACCGUGGAGAUCAACUUUGCGGGCAAUCGACCCAAAGAAGUUUGGAUGUCAAUGGCCCCAUGGCGUUCAGCCACUGGUCGCAUUGUGGGCGUUAUGGGCCACUUCGAUGAUGUCAUCGAAUCCGAUCGUCGGCUGGCGGAGGCAGACUGGGUUCGAGAAGCCUGCGCUGAGCAAUUGGACCAGGCGAAUGCCUUCGUCUUUUCGGUGGAUUCCAACAUGUGUGUCACCGAAUGGAAUCACCGUUUGGCCGAUGUGACUGGCAAAGAUAAAGAGGCCGUCGCUGGGAAAAAGUUGCUGGACCUGGUGGUGGGUUCUAAGCAGCAAGUGACCGACUCAGUGAAAGCUGCCCUACAGAGCGCCUGGUCCGCGACACUGCAGAUCACUGUGGCAAGUCUUGAGAUGAUGGUGGGAUUUUCACCUCAGCUGAACUUCUCUGGCAAGGUCAUUGGAGCCUUGGCCAUCGGCCAACCUGCUGCGGGGUCCCCGGCACCCAAGCCCUCCGAGGGGCAGGGCGUGAAGGGCAUGGUGUUGCACGAGCUUCGUUCGCCGCUUCACGGCAUCAUCGGAUUGGCGAACACCUUGUCCCAGGACGCCGGGCAGCUGAAAAAACCGCUCACCAUGAUCGGAGUCAGUGCCGAACGGGCGCUUGAGUUGGCAACGAACAUGAUGGACUUUUGGAAAUAUCAGUCGGAAGCUGUGCGCCAAGGGCCGAAGGAUGACAUGGUGGACUUGGGGGCAUUGGCCAGGCAGGUGGUCUCGACAUCCAAGGGCCUGCAGGACAAGGGCGGGCGGCCACUGAAAAAGGACAAGGUGAAUCUGCGCACCGAGAUCCAGACCGUGGCAGUGGCGGCGGACAGCCACGCCAUGCGGCAAUUACUCAAGCAGCUGUUGACCAACGCAUUGAAGUUUACGGAGGAUGGAGAAGUAUCUUUAAGUAUCAAAGAGGUGGACAAGUCAGCUGUCAUCAAAGUGAGCGAUACAGGAUCUGGGAUCAAACCCAAGAUCUUGCAAGGAGUUUUGCAAGCCUUUUCCCCCGGAUCGGACAGCAGAGAGGAGGUGGACGGCAUUGGCUUGGGCUUGUCCUUGGUGAAGGAGGUGCUGCGAAUCCAUAGCGGCCGAUGUGAGAUCCAACCGCAGGAGAAGGGCACCUUGGUCACCGUGACGAUUCCAUGCCAGCCUCCAACGAAAUUGGAGGACAAAGAGAAAACUCCAGCUCCAGCUCCCGGAAAUGUCUCGUGGAAGAAGGUCCCUUCGGCCAAACAGAAGGGGCCACCGUCGAGCUGGCUGGGACCUGCGGCACAGCUUGGUAUUCAAAUUGUGCCCGGGAACGCUGCAGUCAAUGCAGGCAGCCGCACGGCGACAUCAUUGCCAUCUUUGAAGGAAGGAAUUACGACAGAUCAACCGCCUUCAAGUACUUGGGAAGAGGAGGAUAAUUUGAUCAUGUCUGUGGAUGACGACUAUGUGAACCAAGAAGUGAUGCGAUCGAUUUUGGAGCCCUGCGGUUUCAAGGUCAUCGCAUGCAUGAACGGCACUGAAUGCCUGGAGUAUUUGGAUGGCGACAAUCCACGGCCGCGAUUGCUCCUUUUGGACUUGAUGAUGCCUGGACUCAGCGGUUUUGAUGUGCUCCAAGCGUUACACAAGAAGGUGAGUCUAAUGGAGCUGCCGGUGGUCAUGGUCUCGGCAAAAAAUCAAUCAAGCUCCGUGGUCAAGGGCUAUGAAUUGGGCUGUCGCGAUUGGAUCCAUAAGCCUUUCUGUCGACAGGAGCUGAUCGCGCGAGUGAAGUCACAUUUGAAGAUGCGCGCAAUGCUGCUGAGCUAUAGACUCUCUGCAGCCCAAGAGAGGUCUCAGGAGAAUUUGCCCGCGGUGGAGGAGGACGAAUCGACCGGAAAGUCUCCCAACAAGGAGGUCUUGGAAGUGGAUGUCUCGCAGUCGCACGUUGAUGGUCCUACCGAUACAACAGCGCUGUUUGCCACGGUAGACUCAGAGGUUGCGAUCGAGAGCAUGGUUUCUCUCUUCCAAGACUUUGAAAGUCUGAGCGAACAGUAUCAAGCCUUCCGCACAGAGAUUAUUGGGAAUUCCUACCUGGCUAUUGCCGUUGGCACGGGAGACGAGACGCGGCACACAGACAAGCUCUUGUUGUUGGCGCACAAAUUGAGGGACACUGCUAGAAAGGCCUCCAUGUCUUUGCGGGUUGGCAUCGAUACAGAUACUUCAGUCCCAGCCAAACCGCUGGGCAAGCGUCAAUAUCCAAAAAGCAGUUUGUUCAGUGCAACCCUUCAAAAGGCGAGACAACUCAGCGAGGCUGCGGCUGAGCACCGCAUCCUGCUGUCGCGCAGCGCGCGAUGUCGCCUCUCCGCCGAUGUGGAGGCGGAGCUACAGCAAAGCGGGUUGCGGCUCCUCUCGGGCGAUGCCAGCAGUCACUUGGGCGAGCACUAUUUCAUUGCUGAAACGACAGAGUCGGACCCAAAGCCAUUGCGGGCACCGGCAAAGCCGGUGGAGGCGACUCCUCAACCUGCAGAGAAGAUGUUGUUGGAAAGCCAGAUGGCGGUGCAAGCCCUUCACCAAGAGCUGCUGAAGAGCCAAAACGGUUUCAGCGUGCUCCAGAAACAGUUUUCCAUGGCGGAGGAACAGAUGUUACAGGCGAAAUCUGAGGCCAGUUCCUUGCGUACCCAGUUGCAGGUGGCCAAAGCAGCAGCUGCCGCGGGUUCGGAAACGCCUGGACCAAGCUUGGAGAUGCCAAAGGAGAAGAUACCUGAGAUUUCCGGCUCUGCCCAGUCGACCUCCCUGCUAUUUUUACAGUGGCAAAAUGCCCAUCUUCAAGCAGAGAUUCGGCACUACCAGUCUGCCCUCAGUAGCACCAAGAUGGAGCUACAGAUGCAGAUUAUGGCCGGGCACUUGCUGGAGUCCAAACAUAACUUGCUGCAAGCCAGGGUGGAGCACCUGGAACUGGAUUUGGGUUUUAAGGUUGCAUGUGGAGCCACCCAGCACAUGGCAUCGGAGCCGGCCAAUUCUCGUCCUGACUCGCCUGUGCCCGCCCAGCCUGCAGCGACGCAAGUUAAAGAUGAUGCUCCGCCGGUCUCUUCACUGGCUUCACCGGGCCCAGGACAACUCACGGUGCCUGGCUUGAUAGGCUCGACACUGGGCUGCCCCUACCCGCAUCUCUCAGGUGUUUCAAACCUGUCCAACCUGGGGAUGCCAACUUUUCAGCAGAUGUCCUUCUCGCAGAUGCCUGGAGUGUCGGGAUUGAACAUCGGAGGUCUUUCUGGUCUUCAGUCUGGCAUGCCGGGCAUGUCCGGUUUCGGAGGUGCUGGGAUGGCCGGUGCACCGUUUGGCACCUGA